AUGCCAUUACACGUAUCAUCUCCACUUUCACCGACUACAAAUACGCCAUCGACCAAUGGUAUCAUUUCAAAAAAAGAAAAUAUAAAAGCAAACGGGGAAAAUUCAGCUUCCUCGUCACAGGGAAUAGAGGACACGCUAUUCGGAGCAUUGAAAGAUCUUUUCACAAAAAUUAGUAGUCAAAAGAAAAAAACCGGCGUCGUGGCACCAUUUCAAUUCAUCACAAAACUAAAAAAAGAGAAUGGGAUCUUUAGUUCAACCAUGCAUCAGGACGCCCACGAAUUUUUGAAUUAUUUGUUAAAUUCGAUUGCAGAAACCGUGUUGGCGCAGCAAAAGAAAAUGGAAGAAGCGGAAAGACAGCAGGCUGAGAUGAAUGAAAAAUCAAAAUCUUCUGUUGAAGAAGCAGAAGCAAGCUCAACGGGUGGUUCUGUUCAGACGUUAUCCAGCUCAUCAAAUUCGGCUACAACAUGGGUUCAUCAACUUUUUGAAGGUAUCACGACCAACGAAACAAAGUGUCUCACAUGUGAAACUGUCACGAAUAAAGAUGAAUCUUUUCUCGAUCUUUCUAUUGAUAUCGAACAAAAUUCUUCGGUUACAUCAUGUUUACGCCAAUUUUCUGCGAGCGAAAUGCUAUGUCACAAAAAUAAAUUCUUUUGUGAUGUAUGUUGCGGGUUGCAAGAAGCCGAAAAACGGAUGAAGAUCAAAAAGCUACCUAAUGUGCUUGCUUUGCAUUUGAAGCGUUUUAAAUACCAAGAGAAACUCCAAAAAUACAUAAAACUUUCAUACCGAGUUGUUUUCCCUACUGAACUACGACUAUUUAAUACUUGUGAAGAUAUCGAGGAUCCUGAUAGACUGUACGAGCUUUAUGCUAUUUGUGUGCAUAUUGGAAAUGGACCUUAUCACGGACAUUAUAUCACAUUAAUAAAAAGUUUAGGGCAAUGGUUAUUAUUUGAUGAUAAUAAUGUCGAGCCUGUCGAGGAAUCCGAGAUUCAAAAAUAUUUUGGAGAUUUUCAAAGUGGUUCAGGAUAUGUGCUAUUUUACCAGGCAUGCGACCUAAAUUUGAACACAUUAGGGCUAACAACAAAUACGGUUUGGCCUCAAAGUGUAGGUUCAAGUGGGUCAUCAGCAGAGUUUGAAGUUUCAUCAGAAUCAAAUGAAGCUCAAGCAAUAAUAUCACCACCAUCGACUACUACGGUCAUAAAUAGUAAUAUAACGGACACUGAUAAACAAUAUUUGCUAGCAACGAUAAAAGAAAACACCACCACCACUUUAUUUCUACCUUCAGGAAUAUUAAGUCGUCGGAAGAAAGAUCACAAUACUCCGGAUAAGCGUAAAUCAAAUGGAAAUCAUGAACUUUCUUCAAAGGACAAUGAAACAACAACUCAGAAAUCAUUUUUCGCCUUCACUGAGAAUGGGUCAAGUAGUAGUAAAAAAGAUAAGAAAGCAGCAGAAAAAGAAGCCAAAAAGCUUGAAAAGAAAACCAAAAAUUCCGAGAAGCCAAAAUUAACAAUACCCAUAAAUGGGCUACACGAAAAAGCAGUGUCAAUGUAA